CCCCCAUUCCCUCUCGCCGAGCGUGCAUUCUGCCUUGGGGACGGCCGAGCCAUGGCAGCCCUGCUGAGAUCCGCCCGCUGGCUCCUCCGUGUCGGGGCGGACCCGCGCCUCCCGCUAUCCCUGCGCCUCCUGGCAGGUGGCGCGAGCCGGCUGCACGCCGCCCCUUUUCUGCCCGCGGCCCGCGCCAGGCCGGUCGCCGGAGGGCUGCUGAGCCAAGCCAGGCUAUAUGCCAUUGCUGUUGAGAAAAAGAAUUAUCUUCAAGAGGAGCCCUCCUCUCAUAGAAAGAACGCCAGUCAAUUUGACUGGGCUCUAAUGAGACUGGAUAAUUCUGUCCGAAGAACUGGCCGCAUCCCAAAGACUCUUCUACAAAAAGUCUUUGAUAACACCUGUCACUCAGGGAGCCCAGGUGGUAAUCAAGCCUUGCUUCUCCUGCGCAGCUGUGGUUCUCUCUUGCCUGAACUACAGUUAUCAGAGAGAACCGAAUUUGCUCAUAGGAUAUGGGACAAACUUCAGAAAUUGGGUACUGUGUAUGAUGUAAGUCAUUAUAAUGCUUUACUUAAAGUCUAUCUUCAAAAUGAAUAUAAAUUUUCACCAACUGACUUCUUGGCAAAAAUGGAGGAAGCAAACAUUCAACCAAAUCGAGUGACAUACCAGAGGUUGAUCGCAGCUUAUUGUAAUGUAGGAGAUAUUGAAGGUGCCAGCAAGAUUCUUGGAUUUAUGAAAACUAAGGACCUGCCAAUCACGGAGGCAGUUUUCAGUGCUCUUGUUACAGGGCAUGCAAGAGCCGGAGAUAUAGAGAAUGCAGAAAAUAUUCUCACAGUGAUGAGAGAGGCUGGAAUUGAGCCUGGUCCAGACACAUACUUAGCAUUAUUGAAUGCAUAUGCUGAAAAGGGUGACAUUGAUCAUGUUAAGCAGACUCUGGAGAAGGUGAAGAAGUCUGAUCUUUACCUUAUGGACCGUGAUUUAUUGCAAAUUAUUUUUAGUUUCAGUAAAGCUGGGUAUUCUCAAUAUGUCCCAGAAAUUUUGGAAAAAAUUACAUAUGAAAGAAGAUAUAUUCCAGAUGCAAUGAACCUCAUUCUGCUUUUAGUCACUGAAAAAUUGGAAGAUACAGCAUUCCAAAUUUUAUUAGCAUGUCCUGUAUCAAGGGAAGACAAUCUGAAUGACUUUGGCAGUUUCUUUUUACGACACUGUGUGACUAUGAAUACGCCUGCAGAGAAGCUGAAAGAUUACUGCAAGCAGUUAAAGGAAUCCCAGAUGCAUACAUCUCCUUUGCAGUUCACACUCCACUGCGCAUUACAAGCCAAUAAAACUGAUUUGGCAAAAGCUCUAAUGAAGGCUCUGAAGGAAGAAGGUUUUCCUGUCAGAACUCAUUAUUUCUGGCCAUUGCUAGCUGGACAUCAGAAGGAGAAAAAUGUUCAAGGUAUAAUUGAAGUUCUCAAAGCAAUGAAUGAAGUGGGAGUAAAUCCUGAUCAGGAGACCUAUAUAAAUUACGUGUUUCCAUCCUUUGAUAGCGUGAGGUCAGUUCGUGGGGUUUUGCAGGAAAAUGGAUGUCUACCUGAAAAUAAUGUAUUUUCACAAGCUGAAUUCAGAAGUGAAGCAGUUACUGGGAAUUUACCCUAUGUUUUAUCAUUUUUGGAAUCAAAUACAUUGCCUUUCUCAUUUGCUUCUUUGAGAGGCAGCCUAAUUCUAGGCUUUAGGAGGUCUAUGGAUAUAAAUCUUUGGAGCAAGAUAACAGAACUGUUGUACAAGGAUGGACGUUAUUGCCAGGAGCCUCCAGGACCAACGGAAGCUGUUGGCUAUUUUCUUUAUAACUUGAUUGACAGCAUGAGUGACUCAGAGGUACAGGCCAAGGAGGAGCGUUUGAGACAAUACUUCCAUCAGCUGAAGGAGAUGAAUGUAAAAAUUCCUGAAAAUAUCUACAGAGGCAUUCGUAAUCUACUGGAUAGCUACCACGUUCCUGAAUUGAUUAAGGACGUUAAUAUGUUGGUUGACAGAGAGAAGAUAGACUCUCGAAAAACUACGCAGCUUACAUCAUCUGUUUUGGAGUCUACACUUGAAAAACUAAAAGCUGAAAAUCAACCUAUAGGAGAUGUCCUAAAACAACUCAUACUAGUACUUUGUUCAGAAGAGAACAUGCAAAAAGCUCUUGAAUUGAAAGCAAAAUAUGAAUCGGACAUGGUUGUUGGUGGCUAUGCAGCUUUAAUAAAUUUGUGCUGUCGACAUGAUAAUGCAGAAGAUGCAUUGAACCUGAAACAAGAAUUUGACCGUUUAAAUCCAUCUGCUGUCCUUGACACCAGCAAGUAUGUAGGCCUUGUAAAAGUAUUGGGAAAACAUGGCAAGCUCCAAGAUGCUAUUAACAUUCUAAAGGAGAUGAAAGAGAAGGAUGUUCUUAUCAAAGAUGCAACAGUCUUGUCCUUUUUCCACAUCUUGAAUGGCGCAGCUUUAAGAGGUGAAACUGAAACAGUACAACAGUUGCACAAAGCCAUCAUGACUCUGGGGUUAGCGAAACCAUCCACUGCCUUAAGUUCCCCACUGGUCACUCUGUAUCUGGAAAAGGAUGACUUAAGUGCCGCUCUUGAAGUCACCAUUGACUGCUAUGAAAAGUAUAAAGUAUUACCAAGGAUUCAUGAUGUCUUAUGUAAACUAAUAGAGAAAGGCGAGACUGAUCUAAUUCAGAAAGCAAUGAACUUUGUGAGCCAAGAACAAGGUGAAAUGACAAUGCUGUAUGAUCUCUUUUUCGCCUUCCUACAAACAGGAAAUUACAAAGAGGCCAAGAAGAUCAUUGAGACUCCAGGCAUUAGAGCUCGAUCUUCAAGACUUCAGUGGUUUUGUGAUAGAUGCAUUUCAAGUAAUCAGGUUGAGACUCUAGAAAAAUUAGUGGAGCUAACGCAGAAGCUAUUUGAAUGUGAUAGAGACCAGCUGUACUACAGUCUGCUAAAACUAUAUAAAAUAAAUGGUGACUGGCAAAGAGCUGAUGCUGUCUGGAAUAAAAUGCAAGAAGAAAAUAUUAUUCCUCGUGCAAAGACCUUAAGAUUAUUAGCAGAAAUCCUUAGAAACAAUAAUCAGGAGGUUCCAUUUGAUGUACCUGAGUUGUGGUAUGAAGAUGAAAAGCAUUCCCUGAGUUCAUCACCACCUUCACGUGAAGAAACAAAUAUCCAGAAAGAUCUGUUGAAUGCCUGCCAACGAAAGAAAAGCAAAGAUGCAUAUAGUAUUUUCCUGAAAGCACACAAGCAAAACAUUGUGCUGAACAAUGAAACUUAUGGCAGUCUGAUAAAAUUACUUUUGGAGAAGGAUAGCUUCUUACAAGCAAUGCAAGUGAAAGAUGUCGCUGAGACCCACAUCAAGGGCUUCACACUGAACGAUGCUGCCAACAGCCUCCUCAUCAUAACGCAAGUUAGGCGGGAUUAUUUGAAAGAGGCUCUAAAAACGCUAAAAACCGCCUUAGAUCUGGAGCAAACACCUUCUAGGAUAGCAGUGACCCGCCUUAUUCAGGCAUGUGCCUUGAAGGGUGAUGUAGAAAGUAUACAGGAGAUUCAGAAGAUGGUAAAUGGACUUGAAGAUUCAAUUGGACUUUCAAAUAUGGUUUUCAUCAAUAACAUUGCUUUGGCACAAAUAAAGAACAAUAACAUAGAUGUUGCAAUUGAAAACAUUGAAAAUAUGCUUACUUCUGGAAAUGAAACCGUGAAACCCCAGUACUUUGGCUUGACAUACUUAUUCAGAAAAGUAAUAGAGGAGCAGUUGGAACCAGCAGUUGAAAAGAUAAGCAUCAUGGCAGAGAGACUGGCCAAUCAGUUUGCAGUUUACAAACCUGUCACUGAUCUUUUCCUUCAGCUUCUGGAUUCAGGCAAAGUGGAUGACGCCAGAGCUCUCCUACAGAGAUGCGGCGCGAUUGCUGAACAAACUGCAAUUUUCUUGGUGUUCUGCGUUAGGAGUUCUCGGAAACCAGGAAAGGCAUCAACUCUGAAUUCUUUAUUAGAAUUGAUUCCUGAAUUAAUUGAAAAGGAAGAAGCAUACACUUCUAUCAUGAAAAGCUAUGUCUUAGACAAGGAUGCUGCGUCUGCUAAAGCACUGUAUGAAAAUUUGACUGCAAGGAAUAUAAAAUUGAAUGAUCUGUUUCUAAAGCGUUAUGCAGUUUUGCUGAAGAAUGCUGGUGAGCCUGUCCCUUUCACCGAACCCCCUGAAAGCUUCGAAUUUUAUGCAAAGCAGCUAAAGGAAUCAAGGGGAAAUCCUCUGUGAAAUAAGCAGUCACUACUUUAUUUUGUGUGUAUUUGUGGUUCAAUGUCUAAAAUGUUAUUUUUUAAAUAUAUUUGAGAGGACAGAAUAAAUAAAUGAAAAGUUACUUUGUGUAUUUUUUUUUUAUUCAUAAAGUACAUGUUCAACACCUUAUUGACAGCAAUGGCGUGCACUUAGUCACUAGGCUUUGUUGGGGUUUUGCCUACAACAUAAAUAUACAGCAUUUUCUUCAUGGUGUCUGAUGUUUGAAGCUGUACCUUUUCAAGGUUCUUCUCUCUAACACUCUUGAUGUCUCCCCUGCUCUGUUUUGUUCAUUAUUUUCAUAAAAUGUUAUUCCUUUAUUUAAGACUUGCUUGUUAAUAUUGUUUACGUGAAAAUUUUGGAGCUAGACAAAAUGAUGCUCAGUGCGCCUUCUAAGGCUUUGCUAUUUGAUAGGAAAUUCUCUUCAUGUGUGAAACCCUGCAUAAUUUUCCAAUUUUGUAAAAUGCUGGCACUAGCAGCCAUGUUGUAAGUCAUCUAGCACUUGUUUUCCAGUGAAAAGCAGAAACUCAGACUGUUGCUUGCUCUUGGUCGGGGUGCUAUUUGCCAACGCCUGGACACUCCCCACUAUGCUUUCCCUUCUAUCACGAAGAAUUCCGAGGGCCUCUGUUCAUAGAUGCCUCUGAGUCCUAGCCAUGACUUUGGUCAUGAAACCGAGCAGCUCAUUUCCUCUUGUCUUGGUUUCGGGUGUUUGUCAGCAUAGGUACAUCCCAUACCAGGCUUGUUACUUCAUACUCAUCCUAUGAAUGUGUGAUCUUAUAUAGGAAGGAGAUUGUGGUUUGUAUUCAGUUUUGUCAAAGUUAUCCCCAAAUUGUUUAGUAAUUACUGUAAAAGAAUGCAGGCUGGGUUGUGAAACAGUUUACCAUUACAAAAGUAUCUUAAUAUGUAACAGUGACCUAUUUGGGGAUUAGGUAGUUAAUUACCAAGAAAGCUGAAAAUGUUUUAUUGGAGGUUUAUCCUUGUUUUGGCGUAUUGCUUCUCCCAUUUGAAAUCAGUGGUUCCCACUAUCCACACGAGGGGAGACCUUGCCUUGCAGGAAGUAAGCUGGCCUCAUGCUGGUUGUACUGCUAACCUGAGUCUUCAUGGAACCAACCAUCCUUCAUCUAGAGCCUGCAAGUAGCAUGAAAGAGGAGGCUGAAGGAGGGAAGCCAAGAAGUAAAUGUCAUCGUGGCAUUGUUUCCUUUGUCUCUGUUUUGUGCAGUUAGACCUAACGCAUCAGAGGCCUCAGCCAAUGUCGAGUCCUGGCCUAGAGGACUUAAUGAAGCUCUCCUUUGUUUGCUCCAGGUGCAGGACCCGUACCUGUUGUGGUUUUGAUAUUGUUGGAUUUGCCAAGAGCCUCACUCCACCAGUGAAUUCCACUGGCCUUAUUUUUUGCAGUCACACUAACCAAAAGUUAGUUGAGCAAUAUUUUACUGAUCUCCAUUGAAACAGUUCUCUCAGAUGAGGCACGGUCUUGGGGCUUACCCUGGACUUCUCAGUUGCCUGGGCCAGAGACUUGAGAGUACAGAAUGUAGUCUUAUUUGUAUGAAGUGACUCUAAGCCAGCCUUGUAUAUGGACUCUGAUAAAAUGCAGGGUAGUACAGAGGAAAUAGCAUUAUCUAGCAUUCUAUUAUUAUUAUCUAUUGUCUAUCAUUAGCACUCUAAACAGCACUAUAACUGCUUCCCCCUCGAAUUUAAAUAUUUAAAAUAUAAUUGUAUAUUCUAGGUGGGCUAAUAAAUGCUUUCUAAAUGUCUAAUUGCAAAACUGAAACAAAUAGUAGAGAGCAGACACAAUUCUAGAACUCAAUAAUGUUUUAGACUAAAAUUACAAGGAAACAGUCUAAAAAGUAAACAUCAUUGUAAACUUUUGGAAAGUACAGUGUUUUAUAUGUAAUUGUAUGUUCAUGUAUUUGAACCUAAUAUAAUUUUAUUGUGAAAUGCUUUGAAUAAAUUGUACCCCAAAAACUUGUGAGCUUCUUCAUUUUUAAUUCUAUCAAAUUUUUGUAUAACCACUUUUAUCAUUUCAAGGACUUUAGUCCUAAAUUUUUUUUUUUUUAAUUUUAUGUUUAUUUUUGAGAGAGAAACAGAGUGUGAGCAGGGGAGGGACAAAGACAGAGAGGGAGGCACAGAAUUUGAAGCAGGCUCCAGGAUCCGAGCUGUCAGCGCAGAGCCCGAUGCGGGGCCUGAACUCAUGAACUGUGAGAUCAUGACCUGAGCCGAAGCUGGACGUUUACCCGACUGAGCCACCCAGGUGCCCCGUAGUCUUAAAAUUUUAAAUUAAAAAUUGUGUGGUGGCCUCUGUUGCGACCAGAAUUUCUUUGUUAAAUGGUGUAUGGUUUGUGUGUGGAGAACCAAAUGAAAUCAUAGCUUCU